UGGUGGAGUGGAUCCCCACGCCCUACCGAGCCAUCACCGUGGCCAUCACCGGCUUCGCCUACACCCUGGGCCAGAUCAUCCUGGCCGGGGUGGCCUACGCCGUCCCCCACUGGCGCUGGCUCCAGCUCUCCGUCUCUCUGCCCUUCUUCGUCUUCCUCCUCUACUCCUGGUGGUUGGCCGAGUCCGCGCGGUGGUUGGUGCUCUCCGGGAAGGCCGAGAGGGCCGUGAAGGUUCUCCAACGCGUGGCCACCAUCAACAAGAGGAAGGAGGAAGGGGAGAAGAUCACGGUGGAGAUCCUCAAGUCCAACAUGAAGGAGGAGUUGGCUGCUUUGAAGUCCUCCUACACCAUCUCGGAUCUGGUGCGGACUCCGGUCAUCCGGCAUAUCUUCUUCUGCCUCUCCAUUGUCUGGUUCUCCAUCAGCUUCUCCUACUAUGGUUUGGCCAUGGACCUGCAGAACUUUGGGGUCAGCAUUUACCUCAUUCAGGUCAUCUUCGGGGCCGUCGACUUCCCGGCCAAGGUGGUGGUGACUGUGUCCCUCAGCUACGUCGGUCGCCGCCUGUCGCUCAUGGUGGCCUUGUUCCUGGCAGGGUUGGUCAUCGUGGCCAACAUUUUUGUCUCCACAG